AUGGGUGAAGUGGAUGGCAGUGAUGUUGAGUCGGCCCGAAAUCUCCGAGAGAAGCCAUUGCUGAUGAGAGUCAGCGGGAAACUCUAUGACAUCGCGUUGUUUGCGAGGAAGCAUCCGGGCGGGCAGAGGGUGCUGAAGCGACUGGCUGGCGAAGAUGUCGAUUUGUAUAUGACGGGUGCGAAGCGUAUUCUUGGCGUCAGGCACGAACAUUCAGCGGCCGCAUUCCGAAUGCUCGAGAAGUACUCGGUGGAGAGAUGCGUUGAGGUAUCUUCUCAACCCGUGGAUGAUGCAGCUGAGCUCAGACAUGCGCUAAACGAAUGCGCAUUCACUGGCUUCUUUUCGUGCAUGGACAGUUCUGUGUGCUCAUGCCACUCCAACUGA